GAAAGCACAAAAGCAGCAACAAAGAGGUGCGUUCAAUGGCGCUGCAUGGCCAUGGGAGCUCUAGAAGGUCAGCUGGAGUUUGUCGAUGCCUUGAAGCCAGACAUCACCAGUUACCUUGCUACAGAAACAACCGGCAAUCUCACUACAUCUAGCGAGCUUGGACAUCUGAACCUAGCCAGUUGGCUAACGCCGAAGCGUUUGCUUUGCUAUUUCCGACCCUUUGAAGAGCACAAACCCCACGAGACUGUGGACGAAGCACGAUCCAUUUUUGGAGCGCCACCUUCACCAGGUUCUUUGCACUGGCCAGCACGACCCAACUCCCAUCAUCUGGAUGCCUUAGGUCGGGCAGAGCCUCCUUGUGAGGCAACACCAACUGCAAAUGGAAGCGAUUCCGGCAGUGAAAGUGCAAGAAGCACUGACACCACCUCACGAAGCCGACGUCGGGAAGUGGCCAAAUGUCAAAAGGCAGUUGGCCCUGGCUCGCCAGGCAUGGAGGAGCUCUUGGAAUUCACGAGCUGUUUCGAAUCUGGCAAUCUACGAUGUGCACUCUACGAUAAAGAGUCCGACGAAUACCUUCUAUUUUUGGACCACGAUCUUCACAGUCGUGGACACACUCAGUGGUUUUACUUCGCAGUGCGCAAUGCGAAAGCUGGUCGGGUUUAUCGACUUCGAAUCGUGAACAUGUCAAAACCCAAAGCCCUGUUUCGCGUGGGGAUGAGACCAGUGGCAUGGUCGGAGCUGGAUGCAAAGAGGAGGUUGUUUGCGAGCAAGAAGUGCUUCGAGGACUCUGUUUGGGAUGGUGCUGCUGGGCUCUGGAAGCCAGUCGGAGAGGACGUGCGAUACUACAGGACUGGAAGCGACAGCAAUAUUUCCACCCUGUCCUUCGAUUACGUCUUUGAGCGAGGGCAUGAUUGCGUUUUCUUCGCAUACUAUGUACCGUACACUUACUCGAUGCUGCGGUGGACAUUGAAUCAUUUGGUCAGAGAUCCUGCCACUAGAUCUUUUUGCCAAUUGAAACGCUUAGCAGCGACAGUGGGCCAGGCCCGCUGCGACAUGCUGACAAUUACGAACAGCUGCAUUGACAGAAAGACGAAGAAGGUGGUCAUUGUCAGUGCUCGGGUUCAUCCUGGCGAGAGCAAUGCCAGUUGGCUGGUGCAUGGACUGAUCGGUUUUCUUUUGUCCUCCACGGCAGAAGCACAGGUACUGCGGGACAACUUUGUGUGGAUUUGCGUCCCAAUGCUAAACCCAGAUGGGGUCAUUUGUGGCAACUAUCGAUGUGGCCUUUGUGGCACAGACCUCAACCGGCAGUGGAAACAGCCGCACGAAGUCCUUCAUUCUUCAGUUCACAAGCUGAAGAAGCUGGUCUCCAAGAGCAAGUCGAAGCUGUCAAUGUACCUGGACUUGCACGGCCAUUCCCGGAAAUGUGGCAUUUUUGCAUAUGCCUGUGGUCAAUUUGCGGAGGACGACCACCGCCGCUUCACUGUUCGGAUAUACCCGAAACUUUUGUCAGUGCUAAUUCCAGAGUUCAACUUUUUCCAUUGCCGGUGGAGCGUUGGCAAAGGAAAGCGAGGUACUGGCCGAGUGGUGACGGCAAAGGACCUUGGGAUCACCAAUGCCUACACCAUAGAGGUCUCUAUGUGGGGCGCAGUAGAUGUUGGACCAGUUGCAUCAAAGGCGAGCAGUGAUGCAGAGAUGGAAGAGGAGGUGACGACCGUGAUACCUUUUUCUCCGAGCAAGCUGCAAGUCAUGGGCGCCAACUUGGCACGUGCUUUGAUCGUCCAGCACAGCCUUGGUCCCAUGGUUCAAGCGCGUUUACGCAAUUCUCGCGCCUGGGAUGGUGGUAAAGGAGGGCCUUGGCCUGCACUGAUGUCCGAGAAGGAGUUAUUCUUUGGUGUGCAGAAGGAACCCAUCCAAAUGUGUCAAACGUUCCUGACAAAGCAGGAAAACUUGGAGACCAUCGAAGUGUGCACUCUGCCGCUUCAGAAGGAGCUGAUAGCCGAGGAGUCAGCUGCGCUUCGGGCCUCCAGCGCAUCACCAUGCAAUUCUGAUUCGACCUCCAGUGGGAGUGAUGUGGGCUCUGACAAUGAAAAAACAAAGGAUUUGCCGUUUGAAGAAGACACAUCGGAGACUCUCAAGGAUUCCCUCAGACCAAAUUUUCAGAGUGAGGGUUCUCUCAAGUUCCUCAACAUCAACGUGUCGGACCUUGUCGAUGAGCUUGAUGUUCCCGAUGGUGAUGAGUCUGACACAGGAGGAAGCGACAGUGAUCCCUCAGAUGACAAUUUAGAGCUUUCAGAGCUAAGACAAGUGGAGGAAAAGCUUCUGAGCAGGAAGCCAAAUCAUCGGAGUUUGUCCAAGCGGAAAGCUUCACGGAGGACAAAGAGGUUGAACAAAGUGCCAAGCAAGAAGGAUGUGCAAAGCUCUACGCAUGCUGCCCAUUUUCCAACUUCGCAUGCCCCCUGCAAUGUGCCCGUCACAGCUCCUGCGGCCCCGUCGGCCCAUUCAGCUGGCGCACGUCAAAGGGCGAAGAGCUUCGGACGGAAAGAGAAUGAAGAAAUGAAGGAGAAGGUCGAUAAAUCUGAGCGGGUGUCACUUCAGGAUUCUCGAGAAGUGCCCCGUCCGCUUGAAAAGGUUGUGGCUUUCGGAGGAACAACCUACUUGGCCGGCCGCCGCGGUGGGAGCUGCAUGCCUCGCCUUCAAGAAAAGGAAACCCGAAGUGAUCCUUUGGAAUCGGCAGUUUCCUCGAAGGACCGGCUGGAUCGCCUGCAUCGACGCAGCAUGGGAACAAUGGGAACAACGUCCAAUCUCACAAAUCCCCGGGUUCAACUGGCUGCCGCAUGUGUACUGCAGGGCAGACUGGAGACCCAGGAUUCUCUGAAGAGCGAAAGCUCCUUACAACUUCCAUCCCCCCGAGGAGAUGUGAAUGGUAGCGUGAACAAUGUGUGCACUGUGAAUCCCCGUGGGCUACGUUUUGAAGGCGAGAGUGAGCGACCCUUUUUACGGAAGUCUCGGCCGAAGACAGCCACAGCACGGAGAGAUGGACGCGACCCACGAGAUGCACCACGCUCUGAAAGUGAACAUGUAAGGCGUUGCAGCGACAGGCCGCAGUGGGAUGGACCACGAGUGCAGGUGGACAAGGAUGCACCUCCGGAUGAAAUGGCACUGUCCCCGUCGACUGUGAGAUCAAGCGGCACACGGACAUUUGCCUCCAGGCCACCUGCGAUUGGCGACAAGAUCGCCAUGGCAGCCUUGCGAUCUUGGGCAGUCACGGCCACCGCUUUGGCCAAGGCAAAUUUAGAACAAGAUCGUGAGAGCUCACGCCAAUAAAAGCGGGACAGCAAAUGAACAGCAAGCUUCAAUAGGUAGGCUUCAGGCUGAAAUGCUACUGCGGCUUGCAGCUAACGAAAGGGGGUGCAUCUUGACUCAAGUGUGGCAUUCCUUUGCUUCCUUGCAGUGCUGCUUCAUUAUGGAAUUUUGAUAUAUAUAUAUAUAUAUGUUGAUAGUGUAUUUGUGCAAGUUUGUUCAAUAGCUUGGCUUUGUUGUGUGUCAUUUGACCUUGAAUUCCUUGACCAUUUUCAUUGAUAUCCGCCUGAUGCAUCGGUGCUUGAGGCAGAUGGCAUGUUGUGAUUCUCACUUAGCCAGUACUUCACCUCCUUCAAUCUAGGUUCGAGCUAGGCCAAGCUUGCUCGAAAGCAAAAGCAUAAUGGCAUAGAUGCCUCAAAAAGGAUCAACGCUUGCCAAACUUGCCGCAAUGUGCUUGAGUCAAACAGACAUGAGAUGACAAGCCAUGGCUCUUUCUUUUGUUCAGCUUCUGGCUCAGUUCCAGGCGCAUUCAAACAGCUUUGACCUGC